AUGUCAGGACUAGUGUUCACCGCUCUACUUCACCGCAUGUCCCAUGAUGCUAAUACGCUGCAGCAAUACAUUCUCAAUCACGAAAUCAGUACCGUUUCGCCUGUCCAUCUCGCGUACGAUGUCACAGUCCGCAAUGCAUCCCGAAGGAUAAUCGAGGAUUCCCUAGAAUGCAUGGAUACAGAUUACCGAUCCAUUUAUGAACUUUCCCAGAAGAUUAACAUAAUCGAACAUACCCUACGGCAACGACGCGCCGUACUUCGCAACUUCCUGAGACCUGUGGCUGCCCUUCCUGUGGAAGUUUUACAACGAAUCUUCCUGUAUGCAAUUCAACCAAAUACAUAUUUCGGUCAUGAGUAUCUUCCUUCUCCUGUCACCCUCAGUCAAGUCUGCUCAACAUGGAGACAUGCAGCUCAAUCAUAUCCUCCAAUAUGGACUGUCGUGCGAUUGGAUCCCUGUGAUCACCGUUCCUAUGCGCCCUAUGCCCGCUAUUCUAAAGGUCUCUCCUUAGAACUUCAUGAGAGAAAUCAAAUUUAUAAACGCGAAAGGGUGGCGGGCCUAGAAAGCCCUGACGUCCAGGACCGGAUAGCCGCUCUAUCUCUGUCAUUGGUUGGGGAAGACACUUGGGAAGGAUCAAGUCCCCAUGAUUUCUGGCGAGAUAGGGGAGUGUUCAACUGCGAGUCCAUCGAACGUCUGGCUCUGUUCGCAACAUAUGACGUGGACGAUCGCCCAUUUUAUUCGGAAGCUCUGACACAUCUCACAUCACUCCGUCACCUGUCCCUUGAAAACAUCUUCAUGUUAUUGUCCACCACUCAGUUAUCAAACCUCGUUACUCUCACUCUCUCCAGAGUUCACCCUGAUGGCCUGAUGUUUUCGGACUUCAUCAGUGCCUGUGCCAAUGUCCAAGAAUUGACCCUGGAUCGCUCAUACAUUUGGCAUGCCCAUGAUGCCGUUGUUCAAGUUUCAAUCCCAUCUCUCCAUAGUCUUUCCAUUUGCCAUUUAAACUUUGCUAUCGCAAGGUUCCUUGCCUUAUACAGUAUGCCGCAUCUCCAAUAUUUUUCCCUGAGUGUGGACUCCAGUUGGGACAACGAUUUGGAUAUCAUAAAUGAUAACUCCUAUGAAACCAAUGAUGCAGCUUAUCGGCCCGCGAACCUCUGCACGGUGAAGGAUUUUAUAAUAGACACGCCCACGCUCAAGGCCGUUGCCUUGAAGAGCGGUAUGGUGGCCUUGUCUUAUGUCCUCAAAAGAUUGUCGCCCCACUCGUCCCAACUGGAGCACGGCAAUCUCCCCGGCUUCACGGACCUCACCGUUUCUGUUUGGGGGCGUGUUGAACAACCUCUUGACAACAUAGUUGAUGUUCGACUCUGGCUCAAGGCUCGCUUGGAGGGCCGUCAGGCGGAGCUGGUACCGCUUCAGAGAUUAACGGUGCCACGCUUCAUAAUUGAGGAUGAUGUGGAUUGGGUUCGAAGCCGGGUGCGAGAGUUGGAACUGACCGAUUGA